AUGUAGGCACGUUGUUUAGGUCGUCUCAAGAAAGAAGCUGAAGACAUUAGAAAUAAUUUUGAUGGAGUUUUAGAGCUAGAUAUUAAGGAUGAAUCACAAAUGUGCUGGCAUGUGAGAUUCAGAGGAGCUGAAGGUUCUGUCUACAACGGAGAAGUUUUCACAUUGUAGUUCAAGUUUUCAGAGGAUUACCCAAUUGAAUCACCAGAGGUGAUUUUUGUCGGGAUUCCUCCAGAGCAUGAGCACGUUUACUCCAAUGGAUAUAUUUGCCUAUCAACUCUCUAUUCAGAUUGGACUCCUGCAUUGAAAGUAUCAGCAGUUACUAUGAGUAUUCUAUCCAUGCUUUCUAGUGCGGUUGUUAAGCAAAAACCCGCAAACGAUGCCUAAGCUGUAGUUUGGAUGAAAAAUAAAAGUCCUAAGAAAGUAAACUGGAUGUUUGAGGAUGAUAAAUGCUGA